UAGUUCCGGCUGCCGCGGCGGGCUCGAAGGCCGGAAGAGGCGGGGCCUCGGCGGGCAGGCAGCGCGCCUGCGGGAGACGUUUCCGUGGUGUGGCGUCGGAGCUCCUGCCCCCGGCCGCACGUGGAGCACGGCGCCUGCUUCUGAAGCCCGUCUUGGGGCUGGAUUGGCUUCCAGGAGAGUCGAAGCUUCGGGCGGGUCUGGAGGAAGUCGCGGAAGAAAGGUACCAUGGGGCGCAAGUUGGACCCUACGAAGAAGGAGAAGCGUGGGCCGGGCCGAAAGGCCCGGAAACAGAAAGGUGCUGAGACCGAACUCGUCAAAUUCUUGCCUGCAGGUGGUGAUGAAAAUUUCAAGAGGCUCUCCAGCCGUGCUCGAAAGAGGGCAGCCAAGAGGAGGCUGGGCUCUGCUGAAGCCCCUGAGAUGAGUAAAUCCACUGGGGCCAAACCAUUGCUUGGAAAGGUAACAAAAGGAGCUGUCCAGACACCCAGUAAGAAAGGAAUCCCAUCCUUACUUAACACUGCUCGAGGCAAGAAGCGCCCAGCACCAACCCAUAGCAGUGAGGAGGAAGAAGAGGAGGAAGACUCUGAAGGGGAUGGUGUGGUGAACCAGGGGGACCUCUGGGGCUCCGAGGACAGUGAUGCUGAUAUGAUAGAUGACUACGGGGCUGCCUCCAACUCAGAGGAUGGAGAUGAGGAUGACGGGGAAGAGUUGCUGCCCAUUGAAAGGGCUGCUCGGAAGCAGAAGGCCCAGGAGGCUGUUGCCGGGGGCCAGUGGAGUGAGGAGGAGACUGAUGAAGAGGAGGAAGAGGAGAAGGUGUCCCCUGAGUCAGGCCCCAAAGAGGAUGAUGAGAUGGAAGGGGGCCUGCAGAUCAAUGUGGAUGAGGAAGAGCCUUUUGUGCUGCCCCCUACUGGGGAGAUGGAGCAGGAUGCCCAGGUUCCAGACUUGCAACGAGUUCACAAGCGCAUCCAAGAUAUAGUGGGAGUGCUGCGCGAUUUUGGGACUCAGCGGGAGGAAGGUCGGUCUCGUUCUGAGUAUCUGCAGCGGCUUCGGAAGGAUCUGGCCACUUACUACUCGUACGGAGAUUUCCUGCUUGGCAAGCUCAUGGACCUCUUUCCUCUGUCUGAGUUGGUGGAGUUCUUGGAAGCCAAUGAAGUGCCUCGUCCCAUCACCCUCAGGACCAAUACCUUGAAGACCCGGCGCCGGGACCUUGCUCAGGCGCUAAUCAAUCGUGGGGUUAACCUGGAUCCCCUGGGCAAGUGGUCAAAGACUGGACUCGUGGUAUAUGAUUCUUCGGUGCCCAUUGGUGCCACUCCCGAGUACCUGGCUGGGCACUACAUGCUGCAGGGGGCCUCCAGCAUGUUGCCUGUCAUGGCCUUGGCGCCCCAGGAACACGAGCGGAUCCUGGACAUGUGUUGUGCCCCUGGAGGAAAGACCAGCUACAUAGCCCAGCUCAUGAAGAACACAGGCGUGAUCAUCGCCAAUGAUGCCAAUGCCGAGCGGCUCAGGAGCGUCGUGGGCAACCUGCACCGGCUGGGAGUCACCAACACCGUCAUCAGCCACUACGAUGGGCGCCAGUUCCCCAAGGUGGUGGGGGGCUUUGACCGAGUCCUGCUUGAUGCUCCCUGCAGUGGCACUGGGAUCAUCUCCAAGGACCCAGCUGUGAAGACUAACAAGGAUGAGAAGGACAUCCUGCGCUGUGCUCACCUUCAGAAGGAGCUGCUCCUGAGUGCUAUCGACUCUGUCAGCGCCACCUCCAAGACAGGGGGCUACCUCGUCUACUGCACCUGCUCCAUCAUGGUGGAAGAGAAUGAGUGGGUGGUAGACUAUGCCCUGAAAAAGAGGAACGUGCGUCUGGUGCCCACUGGCCUGGACUUCGGCCAGGAGGGCUUUACUCGCUUCCGGGAAAGGCGCUUUCACCCCACUCUGCGCUCCACCCGCCGCUUCUACCCUCACACCCACAACAUGGAUGGUUUCUUUAUUGCCAAGUUCAAGAAAUUCUCCAAUUCUAUCCCCCAGUCCCAAACAGGAAAUUCUGUGACAUCAACCCCUACAAACCUAGACUUGCCCAGCCUGAAAGGGCAGGUGACCCCCCAGCCUGAGAGCGGCAGCCAGCCUGCCAAACAGGCUGGAGUGGCCGGUCAAGCAAAGCAGUGGCUGCAGCAACGGCAACAUCCCAAGAAGGCUUCUGUCCGGAAGCAGAAUGGCAUCUCCAAAGGGACAGACUCCGAAUUGUCCACUGUGUCUUCUGUCACAAAGGCCCAAGCUUCCUCCAAGCUCCAGGAUAGCAGUCAGCCUGCUGAAAAAGCAGCAGUGAUCAGGGAACCAAAGGUGGCCGGGAAACUAAAGCAGCAGUCACGCAAACUGCAGUCCUUCAAGAAAGUUGCCUUCCGGAAGCAGCGUGCUCCUCCCAAGGGCACAGACAGAGAAACGUCUGCUGCACUGACCGUCUCCAAGACCCAGGCUGCUCUCAAGCCUGAGGACCGUAAUCAGCCCCUUGGGAACACCACAGGGGCUGAGAAGGUUAAGCGGCAGGUACCAGAGCAGCCUUUCCAGAAAGCUGCUUUCCAGAAACAGAACGGCACCCCCAAGGGACCUAAAACUGCCACCACGUCCCGCCGCAGUUCCAGCCGGCCCCCACCAGCAAAGAGGAGAAAAUCUCAGUCCAGAGGCAGCAGCCAGCCAGUGCUGUCUUCGAUGGAUGAUUGAAUUGGACUGGGGUGGCUCAUUGCCAUUGUUACUGGGUUGGAACUCUUACCUCUGUGAGGAUGGCUUCCCCACUGGGAACGUGAGAUUUAAUAGACAUUUUACAACCUCUG